AUGGCCAAAAUGGAGGUCAAGACGUCACUUUUGGACAACAUGAUAGGGGUGGGAGAUAUGGUUCUUUUAGAGCCACUUGAUGAAGAUUCGUUUAUCAAUAAUCUGAAAAAGCGCUAUGAUCACAAUGAAGUAUAUACGUACAUUGGCAGUGUGGUGAUAUCGAUAAACCCCUACAGGUCUCUACCCAUUUAUACUCCGGAGAAAGUGGAAGAAUACAGAAACCGAAACUUCUAUGAACUCAGUCCUCACAUCUUUGCUCUGUCAGAUGAAGCGUACAGAUCUUUAAGGGACCAGGACAAAGACCAGUGUAUCCUUAUUACAGGAGAGAGUGGAGCUGGAAAAACAGAGGCGAGCAAACUUGUCAUGUCAUAUGUAGCUGCUGUGUGCGGAAAAGGGGCAGAGGUUAAUCAAGUAAAAGAACAACUUUUGCAGUCAAAUCCAGUUCUUGAAGCUUUUGGAAAUGCUAAAACUGUGAGGAAUGACAACUCCUCUAGAUUUGGAAAGUACAUGGAUAUUGAGUUUGAUUUCAAGGGUGACCCACUUGGAGGAGUUAUAAGCAACUAUCUGCUAGAGAAGUCUCGUGUUGUUAAGCAGCCAAGAGGUGAAAGAAACUUUCACAUUUUCUAUCAGAUACUGUCUGGUGCAUCAGAAGACUUCCUCUGCAAACUCAAACUGGAGCGGGACUUCAGCAGAUACAACUACCUGGGCCUUGAUUCUGCCAAAGUGAAUGGAGUGGAUGAUGCUGCAAACUUCAGAACAGUUAGGAAUGCAAUGCAGAUUGUUGGGUUUAUGGAUCAUGAAACACAGUCUGUUUUUGAAGUGGUGGCAGCCGUUCUGAAAUUGGGAAAUAUUGAAUUUAAGCCUGAAUCUCGUGUGAAUGGCCUAGAUGAAAGUAAAAUCAAAGAUAAAAACGAACUCAAGGAAAUCUGUGAGUUGACAGGUAUAGAUCAGUCUGUAUUGGAAAGAGCUUUCAGCUUCCGGACGGUUGAAGCCAAGCAAGAGAAAGUUUCAACAACACUAAAUGUGGCUCAGGCUUAUUAUGCCCGUGAUGCUCUAGCUAAGAAUUUAUACAGUCGACUGUUCUCUUGGCUUGUUACCAGAAUCAAUGAGAGCAUUAAGGCACAGACAAAAGUGAGAAAGAAGGUAAUGGGGGUGCUGGACAUCUAUGGCUUUGAAAUUUUUGAGGACAACAGCUUUGAGCAAUUCAUUAUCAACUACUGUAAUGAGAAGUUGCAGCAGAUCUUCAUUGAACUUACCCUCAAAGAAGAGCAGGAGGAAUACAUCCGAGAGGGGAUUGAAUGGACUCAUAUUGAGUAUUUCAACAAUGCUAUAAUUUGUGACCUAAUAGAAAAUAACCAAACUGGAAUCCUGGCCAUGCUAGACGAAGAAUGCCUGAGACCAGGAACUGUUACUGAUGACACCUUUUUAGAAAAACUGAACCAAGUCUGUGCCACUCACCAGCAUUUUGAGAGCAGGAUGAGCAAGUGCUCUCGGUUCCUCAAUGACACCUCCUUGCCUCACAGCUGCUUCAGGAUUCAGCAUUACGCUGGCAAGGUUAUGUACCAGGUGGAAGGAUUUGUUGACAAAAAUAAUGAUCUUCUGUACCGUGACCUCUCUCAGGCCAUGUGGAAGGCCAGUCACUCUCUUAUCAAAGCAUUGUUCCCUGAAGGUAACCCCGCUAAGAUCAAUCUAAAGCGACCACCGACGGCAGGUUCACAGUUCAAGGCUUCAGUUGCUACCCUGAUGAAAAAUCUUCAGACAAAAAAUCCAAACUACAUUAGGUGCAUCAAACCCAAUGACAAAAAGGCUGCACACAUUUUCAAUGAUGCCCUGGUGUGCCACCAGAUCCGCUACCUCGGUCUUCUGGAGAACGUCCGGGUCAGAAGGGCAGGUUAUGCAUUCAGGCAGGCGUAUGAGCCUUGCCUGGAAAGGUACAAAAUGCUGUGUAAGCAGACGUGGCCCCACUGGAGAGGGCCAGCCAGGGCUGGAGUACAGGUUCUGUUUAAUGAAUUGGAAAUCCCUGAAGAAGAAUUUUCAUUUGGUAGAUCAAAGAUAUUCAUCCGCAACCCAAGAACGCUCUUCAAACUAGAAGAUCUGAGAAAGCAGCGGCUGGAAGACUUGGCUACUCUAAUUGAGAAGAUUUAUAGAGGUUGGAAGUGCCGCACACGCUUCUUGUUAAUGAAAAAAAGCCAGAUUGUCAUUGCUUCCUGGUACAGGAGAUAUGCACAACAAAAAAAGUAUCAGAAGAUAAAGAGUUCGGCUAUUAUCGUACAGUCUUACAUCAGAGGAUGGAAGGCUCGGAAACUUCUUCGGGAACUUAAGCAUCAGAAGCGUUGUAAUGAGGCUGCCACAAUAAUUGCUGCUUAUUGGCAUGGUACCCAGGCGCGAAGGGAACUGAGACGACUGAAGGAGGAGGCUAGAAAUAAACAUGCUAUUGCUGUUAUUUGGGCUUACUGGCUUGGAUAUAAGGCUCGAAGGGAAUUGAAACGCUUGAAGGAGG